UUUUGCUGGUCCACUUCAAAUAUUGUUAUUGUUGUGCUAGUACAAAUAAUUGGUGGUGCCCACGCGGCUAUCAUUCAAAUUCAUCGAUUACGAUUGUGAAAUUCAAUGCACGCACACAACAACAACAACAGCAGCAGCAGUAGAAAAGUAAAAGUGCUGCCCACACUGUAAAAUGCCUGUAAUGCCUAAAGCUAUCGUUAUCGAUUUUUGAAUUCUAACGGAUUGAGGGUUCGGCCCCUUGACAACAGCCAAGUGCAAUUGCAUUUCCGGCCAAAUGCAAAUGAAUGAAUGAGAAAAGAAAGUCAUUUCACACGUCUGCAUUGUCUGCAUUGUCUGCAUGUCUGCCACGGUCACGGCCAGCUAGACGCCAAAUUGUCGCAUAAAAAUCUCGGGCCAUUCAUUGCGAUUAUGCGAUACGCGACAAUUGUUGUGUCUGCACGUUUAUAUGUACAUACAUCAGCGUAUUAGUAGGUAAUAUAAUUAUAAUAUUAUUGUGGCACACUUUGUAGUAACAAAAAGCGUGAUUCGAGUGCUGCCAACGCGCACACACACGCUCGCAAAUCGUAAACAUUGAUGAUAAAUUCGCACGAGCUAGACGAAAUCAGAGCUAUAAAAAGUAUUGUAUCCACCGUUUGGCCGGCCAUUGUCUAAGCAGCAGCAUUCACGCACACACGGCGACCAGGAUAAACGAUUCAGCAUGAAACGGAGCACUGGCAUUUUACACAUUGCAUUGGCUGCACUUUAUGCCUGCGCGCCCAGCCUGGCCGUUGUUCACGGCAUACAGCCCUCGCUGAGCGCCCAUUUGGAUUCAACAAUUGCCAAUCGGCAUGGCUAUCGCUAUAAUGGACCAGCCCACAAGUAUUUGCCGGCGGCCAGCGAGCUGACCACCGAGGCGGUGACCACCACCGGCCACUGGGAGCCGAAUCCCGUACAGACGCCAGCGGAGCAGCAGCUGCCAUAUGAGCACAGCUUUGCCAGCAGGCCCAAGCCGGGCUACAAUGGACCAUAUAGCAUGCAGUAUUACGAGCAGGCACCUGGCAGGGAUUCGUGGCAGCAGCAGGAGCAGGACGCCCGGCAGCAGCAGGAGCAGGACGCCCGGCAGCAGCAGCAACAGCUGAGUACAUUUCAAUACGCCGCCAAUCAUCAAGCUGGUGCUGGUGCUGCAGCAGGCGGUCAGCGUGGUCAAGCUCAGCAUUUAUCUGCUGGCGCGCAGCAUGAUCGCCGUAUGGAGUCUGGUCAGCGAGGUGCUCAGCUGAUUGGUCAGGCGCUGCCCGAGCGCUAUCAGCGCCAGCCCUUUGCUGCGCCCCAGCCGGAUGACUUUGUUCAAAUGCAAUCGAACUCCUUUGAGCUGCCGCCCAUCUACAGCAUGCACGGGGCGUGGCCGGAACAGCACGCACAGCAAUCGCACAAGCAGCAGCAGGACUUUGAAUAUUCGACACAGGGUCAGUUCUACGGCCACGCCCAGUUUGAGCAGCAGCAGCAGCUGCAGCAGCUGCUCGAGUACCCACAGUCCAGCAUAUUCCAAGUCCAUGUCCACUCCCCCAGCACACAAACCGCGUACUUGCCGCCGCCCAGCCGCGAAUUUCAGGCGCCCUACUACUAAGUCCCUGUCCCCCAACCCAACCCAAUCACAUCCCAAUCCCAAUCCGAUUCCAACAAUC